UCUUUUCCAACACACCGACACAAUGCCCAAAGUUAGCAUUUCCGGCACAAAGUACCGCAUGACCCUCGGUUUGCCCGUUGGCGCCGUCAUGAACUGCGCUGAUAACAGCGGUGCCAAGAACUUGUACGUCAUUGCCGUCCGUAACAUCAAGGGCCGUUUGAACCGUUUGCCCGCUGCUGGUGCCGGUGACAUGGUUGUUGCCACUGUCAAGAAGGGCAAGCCUGAAUUGAGAAAGAAGGUCAUGCCUGCCGUCGUUGUCCGUCAACGCAAGGCCUGGCGCCGCAGAGAUGGUGUCUUCCUCUACUUUGAGGAUAACGCCGGUGUCAUUGUCAACCCCAAGGGUGAAAUGAAGGGUUCCGCCAUCACUGGUCCCGUCGCCAAGGAGUGCGCUGACUUGUGGCCCCGUAUUGCUUCUGCUGCUGGUACCGUCGUUUAAAUUCGUUUUUAUCAUCAUUAAAACAUCAAUUUUCCUCGGCCACGCAUAUCUUUUGUAUCGUUAUUUCAUGUGGAUGACAUUUUUGCACUCGUUUUUAUGUUGUGG